CCUUAUCAAAGAAGAAGAAAGAAGGACGGAAGGAAGGAAGGAAGGAAACAGAACGUUUGUUGCAGGUUUCAUCGUUUACCGCUGAUGGAGCUAGCAGUGUUGUGGCGGGGUGGUACUACAUGAUGAAUCUGGUCCGCAAACGCAACUCCAGCUCUCUCAAAGGUGGCCCUGCCAAAUCUAUUAGAACAGAAAAACCACAGUCUGUAAGACAACCAGCAUCCCACAAUGCAUCAUCACCACUCACAACAGAGGCCAGUGGCAUUGUCACCACUUCCAAGGAGGAGAGAGGCCUGGAGGUCCAUGGGACAUCGUCGCCAUGGAGACGGUCUCCCAGGUUCAAGAGUCAAAGCCUGCUUGGCCAGGUUCCCAGCGCGGACCUUCUUGUUGCUGAGGGAUCUCCAGGUCAGGUAGAGAAUGAAGAGGAGGCUGUCCAGUGCAGCCCUGCACAGUGCCCCCCUCAGACAGAAGAGGAUACAGACACUGACCUGGUCAUCACUAUGGAUGAAAGGCAUGGCGGGGGAUACAAGGGCAGCAGGAAGAAGGGAGGGGUAAAGAGGAAAAAGAGAGCUGCGGACAGAGAGCUGGGAGAAAGACAGCAGGAAGGGGCCGGUCCCGAGGUGGAGAUUGACAGGGAGCUGGACCGUGAGCUGGAGAACAAGUCCAGACAACAUAACCUGACCACCGCCAAUGUCCGCAACAUCAUUCAUGAAGUGAUCACCAAUGAGCAUGUGGUGGCCAUGAUGAAAGCUGCCAUCAAUGAGACGGAGGCCAUGCCUGUCUUUGAGCCCAAGAUGACACGUUCCAAAUUCAAGGAGGUGGUAGAAAAAGGAGUGGUCAUUCCCACUUGGAACAUCUCCCCCAUCAAAAAGGUCAAUAAAGAGAAGGCACCACAGUUUGUGGACAUUCAAUUAGCAGAGGAAGACUCCUCUGAUGAAGAGUACUGCCCUGACGAAGAGGAGGAGGACGAGACAGCAGAAGAUACAUUUCAGGAAAGUGACAUGGAGAGCACAGCCUCGUCUCCAAGGGGAACCAGAGGAGGCUUCCACAGGAAAAUACACACAGAGUGGGACGAUGACAGGAGCUGCAGCCCCAUGCAGGUCAAUCACAGCAGGUCCAGACACCUGAAGGUGGAGGUUGUCCCCAUGGGCCCUCCCCCUCCUCCCCAGCCCUCCUCCUCCUCUGGCCCACAUGGAUUCUAUACCACCAGGGCCCCUCCAGAAUUCAGCUUCCUGGAGAAGCUCCAUGCCGUGGAGGAGGAGCUGGCCAUCGGCCCAGUCUGCCUGGAGCCUUACCAGCCACCCCUGGCGGACGGUCUGAUGGCGUGUCGUACCCGCUCCAAGAGGCCCCUCCGGGACGUCCCCAUGGGCCAGUUGGAGGCAGAGCUCUGUGCCCCUGACAUCACGCCCGACAUGUACGGGUGUGACUCCGCCCCCGAGGACCCUGAGUGGACCCACUGGCUGCAGGGCAUCAUGACCUCUGACAUGUACAACGAUGAGGAAGGCGAUGAUGAUGACGACGACCCGGAGUAUAACUUCCUGGCGGAGAUCGACGAACCCGACGUGGAGGAUUACCGUAACGACCGAGCCGUCCGCAUCACCAAAAAGGAAGUGAACCAGUUGAUGGAGGAGUUGUUUGAGACAUUCCAGGAUGAGCUGACUGCUCAGGAGCAAGAUGGGGAGGGACACGAGGAAGAGGAGGAGAGGGAGGAAGAGGCACCUGCCCUGGGGACACCCACAUUCAACACCCCACCAGAUAUCCCGUUGGAGGACCCUAUGGCGGAGGUGACGGCAGGGCGCUACCGUACAGUGAAGCAGCAGCUGGAAGCCAUCCGGCGUCGCCGGGCCCUGCUGGAGAGCCAGGGCCUGUUGGUCCCCAGGGCCCUCAUUACCAAGCCCCGGGAGCCCCCGCCUCCAUUCACCCCCACCCUCUCCCACCACCAGAGACUCCAGCUGCAGCAGCAAGUCCAGCAGCACGUCCAGCUCCUGACCCAGGUCCAUAUGUUAACCAGCCCGGUGGCUGCACUGCAGAGCGAAGCUGCCACCACCAAGCAGUUCCUGAUGGAGCUACAGAUGUUUGCACAGCGUGGGGAGUUGACCCAGGGCCCAGUGGAGCCAGGCUUCACCAGUGUGUUCAGAGCCUGUAACCUACAGGGGGCACUGUCACUACUGGAGGAGCUGAGACUGUCCCCAAUCCCUUACCAGGAAGCCCCUAACGAGCCACGAACAUGCAGGAGAGUCCGGAAGCACCCGUCAAUGCCACCCCAGCUGGCAUGGCUGUUUGCCACACGGCCGGUGUUCCUGUACCCUGAGCUACUGCCCCAUGUCAGCCUGGACCCAGCCCUGCACUCCGCUCGCUCAGUCAGCAUGUUCACCGCAGGAGAGGACUGCCUGAUCGUCCUGGGCCUGAGAAACCUGGGGGAGACCCUCCAGCCGAAGGAGCUGCUGUGUCACUACCUGCUCCGCGCCAAGAGGGUCUCUCAGCUCCGUGACCACAUUAUGGAGAAGUGUAAACACACCCAUCCCAACAACGUCAUCAAGGCCUACCAGCUCCAGAAAGUGGUCCUUCCCAUGCCGGUGGCCUGUGAACGAGUGGAACCGGGUGACCUGCGCCCUUCAGUGGAGAGAGAGGAGAGAGCCAUGCCCGGAUGGCUGAGGAGAAGUUUGCCUUAUAUCUACGAGGCAAUCAGAGAACUCAACAGCUCGCCGGAUACAGAAGCCAUGUCGGCCUGUCAAUCAAAGAAAGCCCCACUCGUCACUCUUCUCUUCAGUUCCUCCAGAACUUUGGACUACAGCUUCCCUCCCGGAACUCGCUACCCGCCCCAACUCCCCGACAGCCUUUCAUUCCAGCGCUGUGGCUUCAGGCGCUGGCACCGUCCACCACCCUGUGACCUCUCACUAUCCCUGGCUGUAUCGCACAACGCCACCCAGAGUCUGGGAAGUGGAACUACAUGCUCUGAAAAUAAUUCCCAGACAGGUGCUGUGAUUCAGCAGUGCAUGGCCCACCACAAACUGCGGCCCAUCCAGCCUGCAACAUUCAAACCUCCUUCUCUUCAGCAUCCCACCAAGCCUCAUCUGAAACGUCCCCUCAAGCCUCAACACAAACCUUCCCAGAAGCCCCUGCACGUCAUCCUCAAUUUGCCUGCCCCAGUGCCCGCAACUGUCCUUUGUCCUGCCCCUUCCGCCAGGGUGUUGGCCUCCCGGUUGUCACAUUUCGCUCCAUUGGCCAAAGACCUGGUUGCUCGGAAGUUCAGCACGUUCGCCAACCUCCGCAGGCUGCCCAGGCUGCUGCCAGCUCCUCCACCCAACAACAAGAACCCUCCCCAAACAAACCUGAAUACUGUGGCCCCCAACAGUGGAGCAAACCUCCUUUUGUUGCCCCACAUGAGUAGUAGAACAGCCUCCACUGUUACCGAAACCCAAACCUCGGUCUCUACUACGACUCCUAUCGAACAAUUCAAGAAAAAAUCCUCCAGGACGAGCCGGCGGCGGGUGACAAAGAAACCUAAAAGCAGCCUGAAGAGCGAGAGGAAGCCCCAGCCUUCAGCCUCCACGGAACCACCUGCCCUGGACCAGGCUCUGACCCCGUACGACUAUGUCACAGUUGUAAUGGAGGAAGAGGGGGUGGAUGAGAGGGACGAGGAUGGAGGUGAUUUUGAUAUGCCCCUCCUGGCCCUGUCGGAGUCCUCUGCCAGCCCCCCGGGGAGCGUUGACCCCGCUGAGGAGUCAGAGGAGGGUCAGGAGAUAACGCUGAACCUAUCGCCCGGGCCGUCGGACAUGGGGGACAGAAAUCAGGAGGUAGAGGAAGUCAUGUCACCAGCUUCCGAGGAGUCCACGUUGUCCGUGCCAGAGCUGCAGGAGACGAUGGAGAAACUGUCAUGGCUGGCGUCAGGGGGGAGGUCAGAGGACUUGGAAGAGGGUGAACGAUCAGGCACACCCUCAGAAUGCCAUAGUAGUAGCCCCAACCCUCCUAGCUCAAGGCACGAGCAGCGUCACACUGGAGAAGUCGGCAGCAAGGGGAUAUCCAAAAGCCCACCGAUCGUCUACGACGAUGACCUACUCGACAGCGACCCCCUGAGGGAGAAGAAGGAAAUAGCCUUCGCUCAGAAUUAUCUCAACAGGGUGUGUCAUGCCCUGCAGGAGGUGCCGGGGCGCGUGGAGGAGUUUCUGGAGGUACUCUACGAGUUUGAGCAGGACGGAGAUGAGCACACCUCUGUGGAACUCUUCACCAGGCUAAAACCUGUUCUGAACGAGUGGCCGGAGCUGCUCCGAGACUUUGCUGCCUUCCUCCAUCCCGAACAAGCCCAGGAGUGUGGACUGCUGUCAGAGCAGCAGGCGUUUGAGCGUAGCCGGCACUUCCUGCGACAACUGGAGCUGAGCUUUGGGGAAAACUCCUCCCACUACCGCAAGAUAGUGAGCGUCCUUCGAGGCCCUACUCUCAGUCCUGCUGGCAUUAAGGAGGUGAAGUCCCAGAUAGCCAACCUUCUCCGAGGUCACACCCACUUGCAGGGGGAAUUCUGGGUGUUUUUCAACGAGCUCCACUUACGGCCCUCGCUGCAGUGUCAGACUGAGAACAGAGGCCGUGGUGAUGUGACCAACACAAACUCCACUUCCCAGAAGUCAUCAGCAGCAAAUAAACCUAAGAGAUGCAAAGGCACUAAAGCCACACAAGUAAAGGCGAAAGAAGGGGAUCGCUACACCCACCCUGAGCCCUCAGUCUGUGCCAAAAACAUCUCACUUACACCCAGUGGAGAGAAAGUCAUCCUCUGGACCAGGGAGGCGGACCGUGCCAUCUUGACCGCCUGUCAGCAGAAGGGAGCAAAUAAAAUAACCUUUGAAGCCGUCUCCGCCCAACUUGGCAACAAGACAGCCAAUGAGGUUUGUGUCCGUUUCCAAGAUCUCAUGCGCCUUUUCCUCUCCUCCACCGAGCGGGUGUACUCCGACGAGGAGGUCAGUGACACAGAGCCAACCAGCAGCAGAGAGCCAGACCCGGACUGAGCAGGAUCCAACACCAGUGAAACAGUACCGUAAUAGCACUUAGUCAGCUGGAUUGACAAGACUGCAGUCUGAGCCACAGAAAAGGAGGAGCGCUUGACCAAUCUCUAAAAACUUGCUUGGGACUUGACUGUGCUUCCUCUCUGACUCAACACUACUGAAGAUGCAGAAAUAUGGGUAAGUCUCCCAUUGAUGGCACAGAUGCAGGGCUAUUAAGACACGGCCAGGACUCUACGUGUCUGUGCUGGUAUGCAUAGACGAAGUACAAGGGUUCCAAAUGUGUUAAUAUGUUCAGGCCAUGAGGUUCCUAGUGUUAUGAGGUGCUAAAAUGUGAAUUCCAAUCCCUCUUGAAUGUAUGAAGUAGAAAAGUGCAUAAGGUGUACAAGAGGUCUUAGAGCUGUGUCCGGCUACAAGUAAUAUUGGAUGAGCUCCUGAGGGCCUUCCAAAUCACAAUGAAGAGACACAUUGCACAGUAAGAGUCAGUGUAGACAAUAGCACAGUCAUGUUGAAUUAAAGUCUGCUGAAAUGUAAAAAAGGGAUCAAAAUGGACAAUUGAUUGCCAACUGUAGUGUUUUCAUUAUGACGUGGAUUGACUGAUACUGGAGCGUUAGAUGCUUUGCUGGUUGCUAGUAUGACUGUUUGAAUAAAGUGUACAUAAUUGUUUUAUA